AUGGCGCCACUCUCAGAUGGACCUUCCUGGUCCUCCAGUGAAGCGUCCUUUGCAGAUAUCGGAGAGCUGGAGUUGCCAGCUAUCAAACAUAAUGCCGCUGUGACUCCUAUGAAGACUGCUGGGCAGCCUGUUACAGAAGAAACUCUGAAAACCCUCCUAGGAGACCUCUGCCAAAACUUUGCCGCAGACAUCAACACAUUUAAGGAGGAGAUCAACAGGGUAUCCGUGCGCCUCCAUGAUACAGAGCUUGUCACAGCUGUGCACGAGACCCGACUUACUAGAAUAGAAAGUGAACUGACACGACUCAAAAAUGAACAGGCUCAAAUACUGAACCGCAUGGCGGCCAUGGAGGACCGCAGAUGA